GUCAGAUUGUGACAUUGUGUGGUUAUUUGUCAUUUUUUUGUUUAUAAUUAAAUUUAUCAAAUAAUAAUUACGCCCCUACUUAACUUUUUUUUUUAAAUAUUUCUUAUACUCAAGAUGAUGCAACAAUAUAUGAAAGAAUUGGAACAAGAGCCCUUUGAUGCAGAAGAAUUUGUAGAAAGGUUAGCUUGGAGAACUUUAGCUGAAUCAAAAAAUGAUGGAGAUGAAAGUGAGAUUAACCCGGCUCUCUUAUACGAAUCGUUUGUUCAAGCCAUAAAAGAUCUCAAUUUAUUACAUGAAAGACAGCAGAAAAAGUGUGAAAAAUUAGAAGUAGCCGUUAGAGAAGAUGAAGCGACAUUUUUUCAAGAAAUAUAUAAUUUAUUAGAACAAAAUAAGCAAGCCAUGGAUACAUUUCAAGAACUAGAUGGCAAAAUCAAUCAUGUUGCUACAAAAGUUCUUCAUUUGGGUGAUCAAUUGGAUAGUGUCAAUGGUCCCAGAUCUAGAGUUGUUGAUGCUUUAAAAAUAAUGUCUCAUUUAAGUGAAUUUUUAUCAAACGAACCUGUCUCCUCAGCUAUUUUUACGAAUUGCGAAUUUAUCGAUGAAGCUGCAGAUAUGAUUCAGAAGUUGUAUUUGAUAUCUCAAGAUUUACCUCCAAAAUUUGAAGCUACAAAACGGAAAAUAGAACGAAAAUAUUCUGAUAUUGAAAAAGCCCUCAUAGAAGAAUUUGUAGUUGCUAUGGACAAUGAAAAUUUAACAAGAAUGAAAGAGAUAGCUACAGUUCUUUCACAGUUCAAGGGAUACUCUCAAUGUGUUGAUGCUUAUAUAGAUCACAGUCAAAUGGGCUGUUUGUCCAGCAAAGACGUUUUUAUUAGUUUUCUGAAUCUGUGUAAAUACAACAAUGAAAUUAUCCAGAAAGUUUUUAAUAAUCCAGAACAAGUUAUGGCUAAAUUUGUAUUAAACAUAUAUCAAUUAAAAUUGGUGGAAUACAUUGAUGACAAACUGAAUUCUAAAUUAGGAACUUAUAAUUACUUACAGACAUUAUAUGAAUUGUAUUCAAAGACUAAUCAGUUAUCAAAUGAUUUAAGUGUGUUUAAUAUGGGAAAUGAUAAAAAUUAUUUGAGAAAGUUAACAACUAAUAUUUUUAAUAAAUAUAUAAAUGACUAUAUUACAAUGGAACUCAAAUGCCUGAAAGACAGAUGUUCGGCAAAUUUACAAAAGUACUAUGAGUCAAAAAAUCAUCAAAAGAAGCAGAUUCAAUCUGGCGGUUUCCAAGACCUUAGAAGAGAUUUACAAGCAGUGAUAGGUACAAGAGCAAAUAUUAAUAUAGCCCAAAUAGAAAAUUAUGGUGGCGAAACUUUCUUGUCUGAGGAAUUGGCUAUAACAAUUUUCCAAGACACUAAACAGGCUUUUCAACGUUGUCAGUUGUUAUCGAAAAACAAUGACAGAGCAUCAAAUGCAACUCAAAUCUUAGACAGACUGAUAAAUAGUUUACUUAUAGAGCAUGUCGAUUAUGCCGUAGAACUAGGUUUGCAAGCUGUACCUGUUGGGGAAGGAUCCAAAAAUCCUCCUGUAUUAUACUUUUUUAGUGUGGUACACCAAAGCAAUAAUAUUACACAUCUUCUUGAAAAACAAUUCAUGGAUUUAGUGGUUCCAUUAGUUGAGAAUACGCCAAAAUAUAAUGACUGCUUGCAAAAGAAAAAAUUUGUUUUAGAAGAUAUUGAAAGAAAAAUUAAUACAGGAUUAGAUAGAAGUUUAAAUGCCAUAUCUAAUUGGGUCAAAUUAUAUCUCCAGUCAGAACAAAAAAAAUCCGAUUUUAAACCGGAAUCUGAUGAUUUUGAUACAGUUGCUUCUUCCGCCUGCAAAAAUGUACUUAACUAUGUGAACAGUAUUAUAAAAGAAAUUAAAGCAAACUUAGAUGGUAAUAACGUUACGGCGAUUCUCCAAGAACUAGGCGUUCGAUUACAUAGAGUAGUUUACGAACAUAUGCUACAAUUUCAGUAUAAUACAGCAGGUGCCAUGGUGGCUAUUUGCGAUUUAAAUGAAUAUAGAUCGUGUACAAAAUUACUAGGUCCUUUAGUUAUGGAACUGUUUGAUACUCUACAUGCUUUGUGCAAUCUUUUACUAGUCAAACCUGAAAACCUUCAGCAAGUAUGUUCAGAGGAUUCGUUGGCCAAGUUGGACCGAACAAUUCUUCACAACUUUAUCCAGCUGAGAAGCGAUUUUAAAGUUCAAAAACAGACAAUUCUCAAAGUCUAGCUUUAAUGUAUUUUUUUUUUUUUUUGUUUAAAACAUUUUAUAUUUAUGUAC